AUGCCAAAACAAAAAUUGUUCAAUGUUGCAAACCUCGGAAGUUGGGCAAAGUCACUUGGACACUCAGGAAACAAAGAAAAUGAAGUUCCAAUGACAAUCAAUGUGUCUGAGUCUCCUCCAUCCAGUCUGAAGAGGAAAAAGAGGAAAGUAACAAUUACUGUGGUAUUGGAUCCUCCUCCAUUUGUGCUACAAAUAAUAGAGCUAUCUCUGAGUCCACUUUAUGAGUCCAAGCUCAAGCAUCCAAGUCAAUGUGCCAUGGGAGAGGCUUCUCCCCCAGAUUCAAACAUAAAUAUGGCUAGUGCCAGGAUAAAUACUGUAACAGGGUUCUACAAGCCCUCACCCACUGUCAAGGAGGCACACUUAGCCUUCAAUGAUAUCAAAAGGAUUCUUAGACUACCAAAGAAGACUGCUGGCUACAAAGACCCUAAGCUUGACUCAGUCUUUUGUCGCCGACUCGAAGGAAUGAAACAAUUCUUGUGGGUCUAUGUUGACCCUCAGUCUUUGGCAUAUGGAAAGUGGACAAUGGCAUCAUUACUUACCGCAAAAGCUCUAGAACAAAACCCGCACACUCAUGAGUACUCCGUGAACAAGUACAUGCCUUCAUUGCAGAUCGCGAUGUAG